GAUUGUUCCGCAGAGAGGCGGGGCUAGGCGCGAAGAGGGCGGCCCCGAGGCGUAGCACCGCCUCCCGGGGCGGAGCCAUCCUUCGGACCGCCCCGAGGGGGAGGGGCCGGCCGUUUGCCCCGCCCACCAGAGGGCACCCAGGGGCAGCUGGUGGGUGGCCAUGAAGCUGCUGCGCCUGCUGUGUCGCCACAAGACCCUGCUGGGCGGGCUGUCCCUCUUCGGGGCAGUGCUCCUGUACCUGGCCAAGUGCACCUCGGAGGGCCUCAAGUCCUCCCCGGGGUGGGGGCUGCCCCACCAGCAGCCAGCGGCCCGGGCAGGGGGCCCCAGCGGGCCUCACCCCCCGGCGGCAGCCCCGCCACCCCCUCCGGAGGAGGCCACCUUCCUGGCGGUGCUGGUGGUCAGCGGCCCCAAGUACACGGAGCGGCGGAGCAUCAUCCGGAGCACCUGGCUCUCGGCGGCCGGCCGGGUCCCCCGCAUCGACCUGUGGUACCGCUUCGUGGUGGGCACUGGGGGGCUGGCGGGAGAGGACCUGCGUGCCCUGGAGCUGGAACAGGGCCGCCACCGGGACCUGCUCCUCCUGCCCGACCUGCGGGACUCCUACGAGAACCUGACCACCAAGAUCCUGGCCAUGUACGUCUGGCUGGACCAGCACCUGGACUUCCGCUUCGUCCUGAAGGCCGACGACGACACCUUUGUGCGCCUGGACAUCCUCAUGGAGGAGCUGAGGUCCAAGGAGCCGCAGCGCCUCUACUGGGGCUUCUUCUCGGGCCGCGGCCGCGUGAAGUCGGGGGGCAAGUGGAAAGAAAAUGCCUGGCUCCUGUGCGACUACUACCUGCCUUAUGCCCUCGGCGGGGGCUACGUGAUCUCGGCCGACCUGGUGCGCUACCUGCACCUGAGCCGAGACUACCUCAAUCUCUGGCAGAGCGAAGAUGUCUCCUUGGGGGCCUGGCUGGCUCCCGUGGACAUCAAGAGGAUCCAUGACCCUCGCUUUGACACGGAGUAUAAGUCACGCGGUUGCCACAACAAGUACAUUGUGACUCACAAGCAGAGCCUGGAGGACAUGCUGGAGAAGCAUCAGACUCUGGCCAAGGAAGGAAAGCUUUGCAGGGAGGAGGUGAAGCUCCGACUCUCUUACGUGUACGACUGGAGCGUGCCCCCUUCGCAGUGCUGCCAGAGGAAAGAUGGCAUCCCCUGAAAGCGGCAGAAAGGAAGGGAACCCAAACCGGAGGGGCGGGCUACAGGGGACGGACAUACGUCACGCUCAAAUAUCUCCCUAUUCUGAAGUUUCACCCAGUAUGCCUAAUCCUAUUUCACCAUUCUUAAACUUUCAGAGUAUCCUAUUUUCUUUUGAGUUUUAAAAGGUUAUGGAAGAGCAUGGAGCACUCCACGUGCCCAAAAACAUACAUUCAGAAAGGGAUCAAACUAUCGCUCUGUGGGACGAGAGACAUUUAAAAAUAAUAGAGUCCCGAAAGGAUUGUGUUAAGGGACAUGGCUGUUCUCCAUAACAACGCAGAAAUGUUGGGAAAAUGCCAAUGCUGGUGGGCGUUUCUCCCCCACCCCUUCCUUCAAAAGGAUGUAGAUUUUCCCAAGCCUGUCAAUGCAUUAAAAGAAUCUCGGAUCAGGAGACCAAUUUAGACAUUAACCCCCAAUGGAGCUACAAAUUAACGUGCUGCAUUAUGUUAUUUCUGAGCUGAGACAGCAACUUCUGUCUGAGAUAAACGGGAGCCCUGGCCAAGGUGCAUUCUUUAAGAUGGAACAUCCUUACCGUGACUCUUCUAUUAUACUUGGACAAUUUCUUGAAUGUGUAUUACUACAGCAAUGUCUUUCACUUCCUGGUUACUACAUGGGCUGCUCCUUGAAUCAUCUUCCCAUUACUCAAAAAGGGAACAUUUUAAUCUGUAAGAACAAUAUUUCAGUGCAAUGAGAUUUAAACGUGAUGGGAUGCUGGGGCCACUGUUACGCACUAGGAAUGGCCUACUUGGAUGGCCCUGAAGGAUCGCCUACUUUAAGAGGUUGCUUAAUUGCUGAAGAAGCCAGCUUUAUUCUGAUUGAAAAUCAAGCUGCUUUGGCCCUGAUGGAAUUAGAUGUUUUUAAAAUUAUUACCUUUUUCAAAUAUACUGUUAAUGAAAACACGCUUAUGUCCUUUAUUGGGGACAAGCAUUUGAGCUGUAACUCUAGAUUAUGAUGGGCCGAAACAGGAGAUGACUAAAUCGGUCUGGAUGCCUUCCUUGAUCAACUUAUUUAUUUUUAGAUAAUGAAUGACUUCAGAGCAACUAGGUUGCAAAAAAGUCAAAUCUCAAGUUUGCAUGGCCUCAAUAGGGCUUAAUUCACGCAGAGAUAAUAUCACUGUCCCUACCUUUAGCUUUCAUUCAAAGUCAAAUCAAAAACCUUUAUUAUGGUCUUGAUGCCCAAGGUGUUAAGAGUUCUGGACCAAAGGAUUUUUGGAAACAGGAACGAUCUUGUAUAUGGAUGGAAUUCUUUUAGGGAUUAAUUAUGCCAUGUGGAAUGGAGGGACUCAUAAUUUGCAUCAUGUGGGGGUCCAAUAACCCUGUUCGUUUUUCCUGGCUUCUACCAUAAUCCUGGGUCUAAAUAUUUAAAUUUUCCAUAGAAGUUUGAACUAUUUUUUUCCCCUGAAAGCCUAAAAGAACCUUGGGGCAUAAUUUGCUUUUCACUCACAAAGCACACGUAGCUGAAAAUCUGAGAUAUACUUCUAGUUAUGUUUAGAUUGAAUCAAGAGAAAAUUGUGACCCAAUCAUGCUUUAAGGAAAGAGUUGCUGAAUUAUGUUUCUAUGUUUUCCUGGUGGUCUCCCAUCCGAGUUCUAUCAAGACCAACCCUAAUUCACUUUUUGAGAUCAGCUUAGGCUGAGUAGUAGCUGCUACUUUGCUACCUGGGCAAAAAUAGUUUGUUUUAGUGAUGGACUAUUGGCAACAUUCAGCAGCUCACCAGUUGUACAAGCUUCCUUUAGAAACUGGUUUCCAGGAAAAUUGCAAAUAUUUGGCCCCUCCAAGGGGAGUCAGUAUUGUAUGUAAAAUUAUGUGCUUAUAAUAGUGAUUAUUUAUUUAUAAAUACUGUAAAUGUACUGUGUAUAGUUUCAGGCCUGAGGAAAACAGUUGAAUGUCAUAGUAAUUUUAAUUUAUUAAAGGAACGUGUUGAAGCUUAUAA